GUACAGUAGCCCAAAGAGAGUGUGUCAGGGAUCAUCUACUCCGACCGCACUAAAUCCGUACUCCUGCGGUCCCUAGGUAGUGUUGAUUCCACGAGGGCCGUUGUCCUAGUAUAAUUCUCAGUGCACGACGUGAACUUCUGGAUGGCAAACAACAGCAUACAAGCAUUUGAAAUGGUGUCUUCUACGCAAUACAACUCUGAGGCCCUGGAUCUGAUAUGCAUCGGAUUCGGGGUAACUGCGCUCUCCCUCGCCGUUGCGUUGCAUGAGAAGAAAUCGCUAGACAAUGCAUUAUUCUUAGAAACUCAGCCGCAAAGUUCUUGGAAGCCAUAUCCAGAUAUUCCAUCUGAACGACUGAGGACUUCAUUCUUGAACGAUCUCAUUACUUCCGAAAAUCCUCGGUCAAGGUUCACGUUCAUGAACUAUCUUCACGCCACCAACCGCCUCAUCGUCUAUGCCAACAGCUCCCGCAUUACGCCUUCAAGAGAACUAUUCGCCGAGUAUCUGCGGUGGUGUGCCGAUAAUCUCCACGUGCGAAAGGAAUUCUCCAAGAAGGUCGACAAGAUUGUGCCAGUGAAGAACUCAACAGGCAGAGUUUCGAGUUGGAAAGUAUUCUUCGUGGAUGUGGCCACAGGAAAGCUGGAAGUGGCAGAAGCCAAGCAAGUGAUUUGUGCCACGGAACCGGAGCCGCGUGUACCGGCCAUCUUGUCACAAGCUCACGUCCGCCCAGUAGUUGCACACUCGACGGAGACCCUCGAAGUCGUUCCUGCAUCCUUAAAAAGAACUGGAGGACGAGGUCGAAUUGCAAUUGUUGGGGACGGCCAAUCCGCUGCUGAAGUCUUCGAUUACGUCCAAAGCAUCCGAGGCGAUCAUCAGACGAUUUGGUACACACGAGAAAAUGUCUUCAGAACAUCUGAUGGCAGCCCGUUCCUCCAAGACGUUGUACGACAGCCGGCAACAAGUGCUGCCCGAAUAUUACCGGCAGAGUUGAGACGACAGGCACUGGAUUUGAGAUCCAGUGAAGUCGAUGAUGAGCUUCUGCGGACCAUAUAUGACUCACAGUAUCGCCAAAGUGUGAAGCAAUCAGAUCCCUCUAAAUGGCAGCAUCAAAUCAAGGUCGGUCGAGAACUGACCUCAGCAGAAAGGAUGACAGGGGAUAAGGUCGUGCUGGGGUUCAAAACUUCCGGUGACGAAGAACGGCAUACCGAUAGCUAUGACCUUGUCAUUGCCGCAACCGGAUUCGUCAAGACUGACCAUCAAGCAAUAAUGCAGCAACUGUUCGAACUGGUUGAAGGACCUGGGAUUUCUGUCGACCGAAAUUACCAGGUGAAUUUCCGAUCUGGUAUGCUAGCAAGAGGUUGUGGAUUGUGGCUACAAGGGUCUAUUGGGGAGGCAAACAACGACGACGAAGCUGUUUUUCCGACUCUGGCAGAAAGAAGCCGUCGUGCUGUUGAGUCAAUUGUGCAGCAAAGACAGCAGCCAAGCGAGUCUUCGGUCGAGGAGAGAUCAGCUAGACUAUGAACAAUAACUUGGACCCAAACAUGGAGGAGAAUAUUAGCGGUAGCCUUUAGUAAAAGCAGACUGGAAUUUAUUGUUACGCUGGGAACAAACUUUGACGAUGCACCAAAAAUGAUAUAGAAAGCUGCGCGACUGUAGAUUGGACUAUCAAAAAGCCAGGGCACGGGAGUUUAGACUGGAGAAAAUUGGUCUGAAGCCACAUACUCAUACCACUCACAUCAACAUAAGAAACGUCACAUAAGAAAUGUUCCAUUGGCGAUUGUCCACAAG